ACCGAUGUGGCUUUGAGAUGGACCGCCAAGGAGAUUUUCUCGGUUGGGUGCACGGUCAAUGGCAAGGAUCCCAAUUUGCAGCAGUAGAUUAUGGGAACAACCGAAAUAGUUCUGCAAAUUGCCAUUGGUGCAAGGAAAUGCCCUUAUUCUAUUCUAACCUGGUGGAUGGUCACUUAACAGUCACACAGAAUGACAUGUGGAUGAAUUUAGCUCUCUGUUUUCAUGACAUGGAGGGUUUGGGUAUUGCAGAUGAGGUUAAAAAGCACAAGACCAACGACAAGUUCUGGUAUAAAUUUAUACUGUGGUGCAUGAUUUACUUCAUUUUAUGUUGUAAGAGUGGAGCAUAUCUUGAUACAUUUUUUUUUUGGUCAGUAUAUCUUGAUACAUUAUGAGACAAAUUAUAGU